UGCGUCAGGCGCCACGUCUGCAGCGGCCGGACAGUGCUAGAGAGCCUACAGCCAGGGAGCCAGCCAGCGAGGGAGCUCUGUGACCAGCCUAGUGCAGCGACUGGCAGCGUGAGGGAGCUCUGUGCGGAUUGCAGUGCAGCGACUGGAGCCUGGGGAUACCUGCAGCCGGAAUAAUGAAUCAGACCGAAAAAACUGAAGAAGAGGUCCCAUCUUAUCUGCGAGAUGAGGCACCAGAAGAUAAUGUCAAAGAUCAUCCUCAGCAGCAACCUGGUAUGAUUUCCCGUGUAACAGGUGGCAUUUUCAGCAUCACCAAAGGAGCUGUUGGAGCCACCAUAGGAGGUGUCGCCUGGAUCGGAGGAAAAAGUUAUGAAGUGACCAAAACAGCGGUCACAUCUGUACCUAGUAUAGGUGUUGGAAUUGUCAAAGGUGGAGUGUCUGCUGUCACUGGUAGUGUUGCUGCCAUGGGAUCUGUUGUCUCCAGUAAAGUGAGCGGAAAAAAGAAAGACAAGUCUGACUGAUUCAAGAACUCUUAUUUUCUUUCUAAGUGAGAGCUAACCCCAGCCGUGAUAUUUGACUUCUGGGACUAGUUGAGCAACAGCCACACUACAUAAGACUUUUAUAUUAAUAAUGCUGUUGUGGCUGUUGGUGUAAGCACAUGAAAUCACAGAAGAAAAGCCAUGAUCUCAGACUAUGAAGGUUCAUUCAUACUGCAGUUCAUUUGUUACAUUGUAAUACUCCAAACCAAAUCAUGUGUAUGAAGGUGGGGGAAAAAACAACCUAGUUUCAAUAUUCAGUUGCAAAAUGCAAUUUGUUAGAUCUGCUAUGUGCAUUUGUGAGUGUGUGGGAUUGUGUGGUUUUUGAUUCAUAUUACUGUUCUGCACCAUAAUGUAGUCCCGGCUGGCUGCAUCUAAUUGCUCUUUUUUUUCUGUUUGACUGUAAGACAUAGGUCAGAUUAGCACAUGCAUAAAUGAGUAGAAAUGAAUCCUAACUAGGAAAGGUUUUUUUUUUUUUUUUUUUAUAUUCCUCCGCUUCAGAACCAAUGAAAUUGUGGGUGAAUCCAAAAAGUUGAAAAAAAAAAUAUUAAAAAAAGGCUGCAUUUUAAGGGUCACUUGAGCUGUAUUUUUAUAGGUGUCCAACAAUUUCAAUUCUUGUAGCUACAAAUUGAAAUUUUUUUUUUUCAAUUUAUGUUUGUAAUACAAUAAAAUUUGGUUAGUCCGUGCAUUAGGAGCAAUAGUUUUUUCUCUGCCUAUAUUUUCUUUUUAGUUGCUGCUUGACUAGUUUUGUGCACCUUUCUUGGAAUUUUUUUUUUUUUUGCUUGUAAUUUAUUAUUGUAAGACUUAAAAUCACAUUUUAUUUUAAUUGUGAUCACGUUUUAGUCCUAUUUUCUGCAGAUGUUAGUGCCUUAUAGCGUAAAAAAAAAAAAUCUUAACCUCAGGAACACUACAUGUUUUUUGUUUUUUUCCUACACAGACUGCCCCGUGACAUUUGAUCUUUCAUAGUUUAAAAAUCCAUUUGAACACUCCUUAUACAAUUGUUAUGUAAACCAGGACUUCUUUUACUAGUGUCAUUGAAUAUGAAGGUCCAGUUCCAGUGGGGAUAUUUAUAGAAUAUGGACUGUUCUGACCAGCGUUGAUGAGAUGUUUGUUUUUUUAAAUAUAUAUACUUUGAAAAUUAGCUUGCUUGCGCUCUUUAUAUACAGCAUAUAUUUACUGUAUAUUUUUAUGCGUAAUUUUACUGCAGAAUGCUCAGUCGGCGUGCAAUGUCAUGUUCUGUUAUCAGCCAAUGUGUUUUUUUUUUUUUUUUGUGUUUGGUUUUUUUUGUUGUAUUUUUAAUAUUCUUUUCAGAAUUGUGUGAAGAUCUUCGACCACUUGAACUGUGAAUCGUGGUGAGAAUUAAAAAUAAAGGUUGUGCCUAAAUAAUGUAUUUUGUUUUUCUG